AUGCAGUCCUUCCUGGGUCUCGUCUUGCUCGCGCUCUCGGCCGUUGCGACCGCGAUCCCCGUCGCGCGCUCCGAGUAUGAGACGAAUGUGGCGAACGGCCUGCGCCUCCUGCGCCUCGAGAAGGGCGCAGAGCCGGUGUGGAAGUCCGAGGACGAGAAGCACCAGUUGAAGGUCGACGGCAAGCACUUUAUGGACGUCACCGAGGUAUACGAGCGGUCGCAGAAGCUCGCGGCGAAGAAGUCGAAGAAGGUCGCUGCGAAGAAGGCGAGCUUACUGUGUACUCACCUAUUCUCAGACCCGGACAUCUCCCACCAGGAUACCGUCAAGCCUCUCCUCGAGAAGCUCACCACCGAUGGGCUGAAGGGCUACCUGACCGACCUCACCGCCUUCAACAACCGCUACUACAAGGCGGACACCGGCAAGGAUGCCAGCGACUUCAUCUUCAACACCGCGAGCGACCUCGCUAGCGGCAAGGACGGCAUCACGGUCAGCGCGUUCAACCACAGCUUCACGCAGUACAGCAUCAUCGCGCACAUCGACGGCGAGUCCGACGGCCCGCUCACCAUCCUCGGCGCGCACAUGGACUCCAUCAACCUGCGCGACGAGCGCAACGGCCGCGCGCCUGGUGCGGAUGACGAUGGCUCCGGCACGGUGAACCUCCUCGAGAUCUUCCGCGUCCUGACGGAGGCCGACUACGCGCCGAAGACGCCCAUCGAGUUCCAGUGGUACGCGGGUGAGGAGGCCGGCCUGCUUGGCUCGCAGGAUAUCGCGACGCAGUACGCCGAGGAUGACAAGGAGGUGUACGCGAUGUUGCAGCUUGACAUGACCGCAUACACUAAGCCCGGCCAAGACCCGCACGUCUCUUUUAUGACCGACAAUGUCGACACCGACCUGACCGCCUUCGAGGAGAAGCUCGUCGAUGAGUACCUGUCCAUCAGCUACAACGAGGGCGAGUGUGGCUACGGCUGCUCCGACCACGCCAGCUGGAACGAGAACGGCUACCCGAGCUCGAUGCCCUUCGAGACGACCUUCGGCUCCGAUAACCCCAACAUCCACAGCGCGGACGACACCGUGGACGUCGAUGGCUUCUCGUUCGAGCAGUCGCUCGAGUUUGCGAAGCUGGGGCUGUCGUAUAUUGUCGAGCUUACGAGUGCUUGA